GGCUAUCCUCGAAUGCUAUAAACAUCAGUUUCUCUUAUUACACACUUGAGCUCAUUUCAUCGUUGGUUGUAUUGUAUUUGAUUCUUCUGGAACAAUUUUGUUUAAUAUUUCUCCAAUUAAAGAGGGUUUGGUUGAUAAGGUUGAUAAGGUAAAAUUACGAGACUGUUGUUGUGGUAAAGGAGAAAGGUGAAGGACGUGAAAAACGCGAGUUGAAAGUACGAGGGAGGGGUUUACUAAAAGUUGAAGGAAAACUAACCAGCAGUCACUGUCACUUAACCUGAUCUCUGUAUUUUAAAAAUGGAGACUCUACAGAAUUUCCGUUCAAUGAUCAACAAUAAGCUGGAGCCUCAAAUGAGGAACCACUUGAAGAAUGUGUACGGCUGCAUUGCAUCAUCGACGUUGGUCGCAGCAGCGGGCGCAUACUCGCACUGCAAUGGAAUUUGGGAGGGGGGUCUUUUGAGCAUGUUGGGCUCGAUAAUUUUGCUCACAAUGAUGGCCUUCUCGCGAAACCCGGAAGGAAAGGAUGAUGGAAUGCGCUUCUUGUACUUGAAUGGGUUUGCUCUUUGCACUGGACUGUCCACGGGACCUUUGAUCGAACGAGUGUGGGAUCUUGAACCUUCCAUUGUGGUUUCAGCCCUCAUGUACACGUGUGUUAUCUUCACAUGCUUCACUAUCAGCGCAUUGAUCGCUCCGGAUGGGAAAUAUUUGGCCCUUGGCGGACCACUCUUGUCAAUCUUGUCGACAAUGCUUCUUGCUUCCAUUCUCAACAUCUUUGUCCGAUCUCCUACCUUCGUCUACAUGCAACUCAUUCUUGGACUCGUCAUUAUGUCAGCAUUCAUCCUCUACGACACUCAAAUGAUCAUGGAGAAAGUCCGCAUGGGCGACAAAGACUACGUUUGGCAUUCUCUCACCCUCUUUAUGGACUUGGCUUCAAUCUUCAAGCACAUUCUUGUCCUCUUGGCCGACAAGGAACAAAACAGCCGCAACAGGAAGAGGAGCAGCCGCUAAGGAAUGAACAACUAAGAAAAAAUCUCAACUUUACUUCAAAGUUUGAGACGACACAUGUCCAAAUUCUAAAAUUCUUUUAGGUUCAAAACCUAUACACCCCCUGCCCACCCAAAGACACCAUACACACAUAUUACAGAAAAAAACAUUCAUUGGUUCACUUGUAUAAUACAUUAUUUAGCGUGAAUGACAAUAUUCUACACAUUGCUACAAUAUGUCUGUCUGAAGCGAGAAAACUGAUGUCGUCGUCGCCAAUUUUUGUGUGAAAAAUUAAAAAUUAACAAUUACAGUGUAAAAUACUAUAUUACGUGUUAUUUGAUUGUGUCACUUACCACAACCGCUAGAAGUAAAUAGAUAAAUAUUUAGAUAGAUGAAUAUAAUUAACAAUAAUAACAAACAGAAAAUGUGUAGUCAACUACUAACAAGCAAUGAUUUGAAUUUUAUUAUGAUGGAAAUGACAAUAUCCUUUCAUAAUGCAUUCAAAAUACGUCUGUUUGAUGGAUUGAAUUAAUCGCUAUUACUAUAAUUCUUUUGAUAUUAUUUAUCCACCAGUCUGAGAAUUUCAUAAAAUUUCAUAAUUUCAACACACAAAUUAUGAAUUACACAACACACGGAUUACACAAUGGAAUGGUCAUUAUUAUAUGCACACUACUAUAUAUUGGACUAUUUGUUAUAGUUGAAGUCAAAAUCGGAUGAGAAAAUAAAAUUAAUAUGCAUAUAAAAUUAUGUCUCA